CCGCAUCUGAAAUCACAUGUUCAGUUUUGAGUCCCUCACUCCAAGAAUGACAUUGAGGGGCUGGAGCGUGUCCGGAGAAAGGAACAGCUGCGGAAGGGUCUGGAGCGCAGGGGUACUGGGAGUGGAUGAGGGCUCUGGGUCUGGAGAAGAGGAAGCUGAAAGGAGACCUCAUCGCUCUCUGCAGCUCCCAGAAAGGUUGUGGUGAGGUUUCCCCAAGGAUGGAGCCAGCAUCUGUGAGGACUAAAGUCCCCUCUUUCCUGUCUGACCUGGGGAAAGCCACGCUCCGGGGCAUCCGGAAAUGUCCCCGCUGCGGCACUUACAAUGGCACCCGAGGCUUGAGCUGCAAGAACAAGACCUGCGGGACCGUCUUCCGCUAUGGCACACGCAAGCAACCCAGCAUCGAUGCCGUCAAGCUCAUCACCGGCUCCAACUUACAGGUUUAUUCAGUGCGGCAGAGGGACCGGGGACCAGAUUACCGGUGCUUUGUGGAGCUGGGGGUCUCAGAGACUGCCAUCCAGACAGUGGAUGGGACCAUCAUCACACAGCUCAGCUCCGGCCGCUGCUAUGUUCCGUCAUGUCUGAAAGCAGCCACGCAAGGUGUGGUGGAGAACCAGUGCCAGCACAUCAAACUGGCCCUGAACUGCCAAACCGAGGCCACCCCACUCACCCUGAAAAGCUCAGUGCUCAACUCCAUGCAGGCUUCUCCUGAAACCAAACAAACCAUAUGGCAGCUGGCAACGGAGCCCACAGGGCCGCUGGUGCAGCGCAUCACCAAGAAUGUCCUGGUGGUGAAGUGCAAAGCGAGUCAGAAGCACAGCCUUGGCUACCUACAUGCCUCCUUCGCCCACAAGAUAAGCACCAAGACGCUGGCAGAGCACAGGUUCUCCUGCUCCUGCCAGGCUCUGAAGCCGGGCAAGGAAGGCCCAGCUGAGGAGACACCGCCACUGCGCUGCAUUCACUUCUUCGCCUGCAUCUGUGCCUUUGCCAGUGAUGAGAGCCUGGCACAGGAGUUCGCCGACUUCCUCACCUACGACUCCAGUGGUCUGAAAGGUCUCACAGUCCCGCAGUUGGUCAGUGGCCCUGAAUCCACAGUGCAGGCCAGGGAGGUGGCUGCUGCCAAGCCCAAGAAGAGGAAAAAAGACGUAACGCCUGGGGUGCAGGCGCCCAGCCCUCUCCUGGCCCAGGACUCAGCUCACAGCAGCCCCCACAGGAGCAGUCUCAAGAAGCCGGCCGUCACCUCCUCACUGAAAAGACAAGGCUGCAACCAGCUGCUGGACGAGUCGCAGGUGACCCUCUCCUUCCAGGACUGGCUGGCCAGCGUCACCGAACGCAUCCACCAGACCAUGCAUUACCAGUUUGAGGCCCCUUCACCAGCUUUGUUGCUCUUCAUGCCAACCCAGGCAAACCGGAGCCGCUGGUGUUCCACAUCCCUCAGGCUUUCUUUGACGCACUGCAGCAGAGGAUUUCCAGCGGGAGCACAAAGAAGAGGCUGCCCAACUCCACUACUGCUUUUGUCCGCAAGGAUGCCCUUCCCCUGGGCACCUUCUCCAAGUACACGUGGCACAUCACCAACGUUCUGCAGGUCAAGCAGAUCUUUGAUACACCGGAGCUGCCGCUGGAGAUCACGCGCAGCUUCAUCCAGAACCGGGACGGGAGUUACGAGCUUUUCAGGUGCCCCAAGGUGGAGGUGGAGAGCAUCGCUGAGGCAUACAGGCACCCUGAGAAGCAACCGGCCAUCCGGCCCCUCGAGCUCAAGACCUUCCUCAAAGUGGGCAAUACGUCCCCAACGCAGAAGGAGCCGACGCCAUUCAUCAUUGAGUGGAUCCCCAACAUCCUGCCACACUCCCGUAUUGGCGAGCUGCGCCUCAAGUUCCAGUACGGCCACCAUGGCACCCACCAGCCUGGCACUGGUCCCAGUCCUGAGCCCCGGCCCCCUGCUGCCCCACAACUCCCCCUGGAGCUGCCCCCCCUUGCUGCCAUAACCUUCCCCUGACCCCCCUGACUUGCUCUGGGGGGCACACGGCCCUCGCCAGGACCAGUGCUGUGGGGCCAGCACCGCGGCUGCACCCUGGAAAAUAAAAGCCUCGC